AAGCGUCUCCAAGCACCGGAAAUAUCACAAAAGAACAACCCGAAACCAAACCAUUUGCCUCUUUGCCCACGCGGACAUGGUCUGGUAUGGUAUGGAAUGGCAUGGCGUCCCCAGAAACUACGGCGCGAGCCAGUAGCCACGCACCGCCCGCCGAUCCUAUAUAUCCCCCGUGCCUUCCUCUAAGCCCCGGCCUAUCCUACACUACCAACAUCUCCCGCAACAGAAGCAUAACACGGGCACAGUUCCGCGCGAAGCUAGUGGCGGUGUAACUGAAAUGGACAGCACGAGCUGCCUCGUGGACGACACCAGCAGCGGCGGCGCGUCCACGGACAAGCUCAGGGCGUUGGCCGCCGCGGGACCGCCGCUGGAGCGCAUGGGCAGCGGCGCCACCAGCGCGGUCGUGGACGCGGCCGAGCCGGGCGCCGAGGCCGACUCGGGUUCCGGCGGCGCCGCGGUGGGCGUGGGCGUGGGCGUGGGCGGGAAGCUGCCAUCGUCCAGGUACAAGGGCGUGGUGCCGCAGCCCAACGGGCGGUGGGGCGCGCAGAUCUACGAGCGGCACCAGCGCGUGUGGCUCGGCACGUUCGCCGGGGAGGCCGACGCCGCGCGCGCCUACGACGUGGCCGCGCAGCGGUUCCGCGGGCGCGACGCGGUCACCAACUUCCGCCCGCUCGCGGAUGCCGACCCGGACGCCGCCGCUGAGCUCCUGUUCCUCGCGUCCCGCUCCAAGGCUGAGAUCGUCGACAUGCUCCGCAAGCACACCUACUUCAACGAGCUCGCCCAGAACAAGCACGCCUUCGCCGCCGCCUCGUCCGUGCCCACGACUUCAUCGCUCGCCAAGAACCACUCCCCCUCGCCUCCUUCCCCCGCCGCCCCCGCCGCCGCGCGGGAGCACCUCUUCGAUAAGACGGUCACCCCCAGCGACGUGGGCAAGCUCAACCGGCUGGUGAUACCGAAGCAGAACGCCGAGAAGCACUUCCCACUCCAGCUCCCGUCAGCCGGCGGAGAAAGCAAGGGCGUGCUCCUCAACUUCGAGGACGCCGCCGGCAAAGUGUGGCGGUUCCGGUACUCGUACUGGAACAGCAGCCAGAGCUACGUGCUCACCAAGGGCUGGAGCCGCUUCGUCAAGGAGAAGGGCCUCCACGCCGGCGACGUGGUCGGGUUCUACCGCUCCGCCGCGGACGCCGGCGCCGACAGCAAGCUCUUCAUCGACUGCAAGCUGCGGCCAAACAGCGCCGCCGCUUUCACGAACCCCGUGGUGCCAUCAUCGGCCCCGGCGGCGAAGGCCGUGAGGCUCUUCGGCGUCGACCUGCUCAUGGCGCCAGCGCCCGCGGCGGCGCCGGAGCAGAAGCUUGCCUGGUGCAAGAGAGCUAGGGACUUUGCGACGCCUCCGCAGGCGGCGUUCAAGAAGCAACUCGUAAAGCUGGCACUAGUGUAGUAGACUAAUGCUACUGAUAGUUCGAUCGAUCUUUCUCUAGCAAGUGGUUUUUGCUCGCCAAAUUUCAGAUGGCAGCACCUUCGGCAUCUUAGUUUCUUUGUUCGUUAAUUUCCAUUCUGAAAGCUCUUUUCUCUUGCUCCGAUGUAAUCUUCUCCUCAAGGUGUAUACUAAAUGAAAGCCCUAGAAGGCUAGAUUCUCAA